AUCACUCGGGUGAUUGAUCAACGAAUUAACAAUACGGGGACUGUGAACAUUUUUUUUUUUUUUCGUGUGACAAUUGAAAAAAAACUCGUUGGGGUUCUGUUUAUUACCAGUGCGUGAGUGGAUAUACUGUGGAGUACAAACAUUUUUUUUUCCAUCUGUGGGGACCGGUUGUUUGUUUCUUCAGCGUGGGAAGUAUACAUUGUGCCUCAACUUCUGGUUUUUGGAAUUUUUGUGGUUCCAGUUAGUGAAUUCGUGACACCGGAUACGCGGGGGAAGUCUUGCACCGGACGCGACACAGGAAAACAUGUCUUCAUUACGCACACAAUCGAGCGGUGGUGCUGUUGUGGGUUUCAGCAGUGUGGGUUCGGAUCGCACAGCCCCAUCUACAGCAGGUGGUUCCCACUCUCACUCACACUCCCACAGGAAGCAUCACCAUCAUCACAGGAGCAGAAGUGCCCCGCGGACACCUGAAAAACCACCGAGAAAGCGUCAUCUGACUACUGGUCAGAGUCUCGCAUCAAUACCGAGCCAGAUAAAGCUGUCGAUGCUCAACAGUGGUCUCAUCUCCUUCGCUAGUGAGGAACUUGGAGGUAUUGGAACAACUUUGCCAUCAGCACCAACGCCUCUUUCACAGUAUCCAAAGCUCUGCGAAUUACGUAGAAAGUUUCCUGUUCUCUAUCGCGUUGAAUUUCAGACAGCAGCUAAAGUGGAGACACAUUCAUGCAGGCAUGCUACGAAGCCAGCCAACAGAGAAAAGAAUCAGAAUCAACGGUGUAUACCAUAUGAUUACAAUAGGGUUGUGCUCGAUACUAUCAACAACCAGCCGGAUUCUGAUUAUGUUAAUGCGUCCUAUGUCGAUAGUAUAUUAAAGCCAAAUGCCUACAUCGUUACUCAGGGACCCAUAGAGACAACCGUCACCGAAUUCUGGCGGAUGGUGUGGCAGGAGCAAGCCUCCUGCAUAGUCAUGCUGACAAAAACCUUCGAUUUCAUCAAGGUCAUGUGCGUACAAUACUGGCCACCCAAUAAAGACAAGGAUGAGGAGUACGGGGGCAUCGGUGUGUCCGUUCUCAAGGAGGAAGAAUUGGCAAACUUUCACAUACGAACGAUAAAACUUUAUAAGAAAGAUGAGAAUGGCAAAAUUAAUGAAGAGCGCACGUUGCUGCAGUUUCAUUACACAGAAUGGCACUCGCACACGUGUCCAUUCAGCAAUGCUGUUCUGGAAUUUCGGAGACGGGUGAGAGCUGUAGUUGGGUCAACUAUCAAGAAUGAAUCGGGUCCUAUGAUUGUUCAUUGCAAUGAUGGCGGUGGUCGCUCAGGUGUGUACCUGGCGAUCGAUGCAAAUCUCGAGCUUGCGGAGGAGGAAGACUCCUUCGAUGUCUUCGGGUAUUUGAAGAAAUUGCGACAGAGUAGACGAGGGCUCAUCGAAAAUUUGGACCAAUAUAAAUUCGUGUACGACACUCUCGAGGAGUACAUCAUCUGCGGUGCCUCGUGGUUUCCCGUCUCCGAGCUGUCGCAACGACUCAAGCAGAAGAGCGUGAAGAAUCCACUGACAAAGAUGAACGAGUAUCAGCGUGAGUAUCAGCAGAUCUGCAAGCAAACACCUCGUUUUACGAUCGGUGAUUGCGCGGGUGGACACAGAGCGGAUAACAGAGAGAAAAAUCGUGAUGUCCUAGUUGUGCCACCUGACAACUUUCGUCCGUACUUGACGAGCUUCCAGGGUAAUAGCUUUACCGAUUACAUUAACGCUGUAUUUGUAGAUGGAUACACGAAGCCCCGUGAGUACAUCGUUACCGAAUGGCCAUUGAAACAUACGUGUGGAGAAUUUUGGUCACUUGUCUACGAUUACGAGUGCUCAGCGGUUGUUAUACUGUGUGUACCACCAGCAGUAUCAACCAACUUUCCAAGCUUUUGGCCGGAGGGAAGACACUCCAAGAAAUAUGGCCCAGUAUUCACCAUAGAUCACAUUAGCCACAACCACUACACAAACAUCAAGACUUGGGUAUUCAGGAUAAACAAGAAGAUAGUGUCCCUGACGGAACUAAUGGCAGGAGUUAAAGCACCACCGAAGACUGUCCAGUUGUUUCAGUUGACCUGUUGGCCAAUGGGCCAGGCUGUGCCGACGUCAACGAAUAGUUUAGUCGAACUGAUGAAUAUGGUGGAGCGGUGGCGACAGAGGACUGAUUAUGGACCGGUUGCUGUGGUAUCGCCCGACGGCAGGAGUCGGUGUGGUGUUUACUGCGCAGCGAAUGCUUGUAUUGAGCAAGUUAUACAGCACGGUGAGGUGGACAUAUUUCAGGCUGUCAAGACUGUCAGAAGACACAGGCCCCAACUCGUUGAGAACAUGACUGAAUACAAGUACUGCUAUGACCUAGUUCUGCACUACGUGCUGCAUUAUCUGAACAAGGAUAUGAAUGAAAAGAAGUGAGAAAGCGAGUUGAGGGAC